ACGAUGUUGCUCUUCUGCCCAGGCUGCGGGAAUGGGCUCAUCGUGGAGGAGGGGCAGCGCUGCCACCGCUUCGCCUGCAACACCUGCCCCUACGUGCACAACAUCACCCGUAAGGUGACAAAUCGGAAGUAUCCCAAGCUGAAAGAAGUGGAUGAUGUGUUGGGAGGAGCAGCUGCCUGGGAGAAUGUUGACUCCACUGCAGAGUCAUGUCCCAAAUGUGAACAUCCCCGUGCCUACUUCAUGCAACUUCAGACCCGCUCAGCUGACGAGCCGAUGACCACCUUCUACAAGUGCUGCAAUGCCCAGUGUGGGCACCGCUGGAGGGACUGAGAGCUAGGCCGGCCGAGCAGC